AUGACAAGUCAAGUUGUGCCGUUAAGCACAUUUGUGCAACAUUUGGAGUCCUGUGAAGGAUAUGAGUUUAGGACCAUGAUAAAGAUGCUAGCUUCACCGGCAUAUGCGAAGCAGCAACUGCUGAAAGAUGAACUCAGUGUAUUCAUGGCCAAAGUGCUAAAGCUACUUCGGUCAAAGGACGACUACCAGGUUUGGAAAGGCUGUCAUAUUGCGACAGUGUUCUGUACAUAUAAUCCUGUGGUGUUGUGUUCCUUCGGCGGAGAACUGAUGGGAAUAUUAUAUCGGGCCCUAGAAGAUGCUACCAAGUACUAUGGGGACUCUGUCCAGACGGAGCAGCGGAAGGUGAUGGUUCGCGCUCUUGUUAAGACUCUAGACACGCUGAUGGACCUGAUUCGGGGCAAACCGUCGCUAACGCGGGAGGCGCUGACUCCGCAUCUAUCGGCAAUCAUCCCCAUGCUGAUUUCUUUUGGGAGGUGCGAACCCAACCUGUCUCUGCCGGUGAUUAAAAAGCUUCUUUCCAAACACAGUACGACUUUCCGGCCACACGUUGGAAAGCUAAAGCAAUUGCUGACCGAACUGUACGGCCACUACCAGAGCCUUGACCCUGUAACACGCAAGGUGGUCUGUGACACAGCCGCGUACUUGCAUUUGACUCAGAAGCCCGGCAAUAACGCCAAUGAGCACCAAGCACAUCACAAGAGCUUCCCUGAUGAGCACUGGAGGGCAGGGCUUUUUUCUGUUCUUAGUCAGUUUGGUCCAGUAGUGCGCUUGUGGGGAGAGAUUCUAGAUAUUGGAUCCGACGAGAACUUAGCUCGCCUGCUCGAGACUCUGCCACGAGACACCGCCAAUGACACAAGUCCCCUGCUACCUGCCCUUACUGUGGACAUAAACAAGCCAGUCACGUUAUGGCAUAUUAGUGCGCGGCUUGAACAACUAACAGAUAUGGUUGAAUCCUUCAUCAGGCUACCGACUUUGUUCCCCACCCGCAUCCCCCUCGGGGAGCUGGUAAAGGUUUCAGAGAUCUUGCUGUCUCUCACAACGAAUUACCUUCCAUUGAAGCGCGGCCUACGUCGCGAUGCCGCUCUGACCGGGAGCAUUAGGUCUGCCCUGCCUGAAACGCAGCUACAGGGGAUCCGACUACUGCGGUGUUUGUCUGACCACAUAGGCAAAAACCUAAUUACUUAUAUGCCAGCGAUUCUGUCCUCUAUGGAACUAUUUAUUCCACUUAAGGAUAAAAAGACCUCGAUAGACUACCAGAAAUGUGUUGAUCUGCAGAACGGAUUGUUGCAGCUCACGGCACUUAUGAACUCAAUUGCUCAACAUUUGGGUCAUAAGGUCGAGGAAAUGUCUCUCGCUAUUAAGCUUGUUGAUAUCUGUGCAUAUAUUAUUGAACACAAGCAGAAUUUGGAUUCUGCAUUUAGCAGCACAUCUGGGACAGCGAAAGCCGCUGGUGGGGCGAAGAAGAAGGAAUACAAAGCUAAAACAGGCUCCAUGUCGGACUUAUUCUCUCAUCCACAUAAAUUCUUGCACCCAGUCCCUCUUGAGAAUUACACGGUCGUCAAUACUUACUACAACAUGGCACUGACACACUGGAAAUUGCCGUCUACGCAACAAGCAAAGAUAACAAAAUACUGCAUUUACUACUCUCUCUCGUUUAAGGAAAAACUAGGGUAUAUCCCCCAGACCUUUAUUGAACUACUCAAUACAAUUGUGCUAUUUCCAGGUAAGGAUCGCUUCUCCAUUUUGCCAAUUGCUGUACAUUUGCUGAAGGAGACGGGCGAUCCGGUGUUCGACGUGUUAUGCAAUCCGAAACUACCACUUGAGAUGAUACAGAUACGGAGGCAACCUACAUCUUCUGAGGAUGAUACCGCAACAUCAGAAGCGGAAGAAUAUGCCGCACCAGCUGACCAAGAUGAUGAACAUCUAUCUGAUGAUGAACACACUACGGUGGAUGACGGUGUUGCCACAAAUGCCGUCAUGGGCCUGAAUAACCUUGUCUCUUCAGAGACUCUACGUUCUGAACAAGAUUCGGCUCUUGAAACCCAGCAUCCUGAACAAGCGCGGACUUCCAAUUUAGUUCCAGAUGAGGCUUCAGAGGGUAGGGAAGACGCUAGGAUCUUUAAGAAACGCUCUUCUAGCGAUGAACAAGACCCACCGUCGAAGCGGACGAGAGCUGUGGCCGCUCAAACACCAGUACCCGCAGCAGUGCCAGUGGAUAACGGAGAGCCAGAAUCCGAUGAUGGUAGCGACUUCGAGAUUCCUGAGAUUGAACUCAGCGAUGCAGAUGAAGAGUAA